AUGGUUGAAAAUCCUGCGAAAUGGCUUGUUUUCGUUCUAACAAGCUAUCUAGCUUUCAAUGUUGUCAUUUCCAUGAACACCCCAUUAACAAGAAAGACUUACAUUGUUCAAAUGGAUAAGUCUGCGAAGCCUGAACACUUCACUGACCACCUUGAAUGGUAUUCAUCCAAAGUACAGUCAGUAUUGUCUGAGCCUGCAAAUGAAGGCAAUGCUGAUGAGGAGGAUAGGAUAGUUUAUAGCUAUGAGACUGUCUUUCAUGGAGUUGCUGCCAAGUUGAAUGAAGAAGAAGCUGCAAGGCUAGAGGAAGCAGAUGGAGUAGUGGCUGUUUUCCCAGAGACUAAAUAUGAACUACACACAACAAGAAGCCCCAUGUUCCUUCGGCUAGAACCUGAAGACAGCACAAGUGUCUGGUCUGAAAAACUUGCAGACCAUGAUGUCAUAGUGGGAGUGCUGGACACGGGGAUUUGGCCAGAGAGUGAGAGCUUCAAUGACACAGGCAUGACCCCAGUGCCCGCUCAUUGGAAUGGGAUGUGUGAGACAGGCAGGGCUUUUCAGAAGCAUCAUUGUAAUAGAAAAAUUGUCGGCGCAAGAGUCUUCUACAAAGGAUAUGAAUCUGCUACUGGAAAAAUCAAUGAGCAAAAUGAGUAUAAAUCACCAAGAGAUCAAGAUGGUCAUGGAACUCACACAGCAGCUACUGUUGCUGGCUCUCCAGUUCAUCGAGCAAAUCUAUUGGGCUAUGCUUACGGAACUGCAAGAGGGAUGUCACCUGGGGCUAGAAUUGCAGCUUACAAGGUUUGCUGGGCUGGUGGAUGUUUCAGCUCAGAUAUUCUGUCUGCAGUUGAUAGAGCAGUAGCUGAUGGAGUGAAUGUCUUGUCCAUAUCUUUGGGUGGUGGGGUUUCGUCUUACUACCGCGACAGUUUGUCCAUAGCUGCCUUUGGAGCAAUGGAGAUGGGUGUUUUUGUUUCAUGCUCAGCAGGAAAUGGAGGGCCUGACCCUGCCAGCCUCACUAAUGUCUCACCAUGGGUCACCACCGUUGGUGCUAGCACCAUGGACAGGGAUUUUCCGGCCACUGCCAGACUAGGAACAGGCAGAACUCUAUCUGGAGUUUCACUUUAUAAAGGCCGAAUGGUUUUGUCUACAAAGAAGCAAUAUCCUCUAGUUUACAUGGGUAGCAACUCAAGCGGCCCUGACCCAAGCUCAUUGUGCUUGGAAGGAACUCUAAAUCCUCGUGUUGUCGCCGGAAAGAUUGUGAUCUGUGACCGCGGUAUUAGUCCUCGAGUUCAAAAGGGGCAGGUAGCAAAAGCAGCAGGAGCAGUAGGCAUGAUUCUGUCAAACACAGCAGCAAAUGGAGAGGAGCUAGUUGCAGAUUGUCACCUGCUUCCAGCAGUUGCAGUUGGAGAGAAAGAAGGGAGACUGAUCAAGCGUUAUGCUUCAACCAGCCGAAAUGCAACCGCAACUCUAGCUUUUCUCGGUACAAGAUUGGGAAUCAAGCCUUCUCCAGUAGUGGCAGCAUUUUCAUCCCGAGGACCAAACUUGCUGACUCUUGAGAUUCUGAAACCUGAUAUUGUUGCACCUGGUGUGAACAUAAUUGCCGCUUGGACUGGUGUUUUGGGUCCAUCAAGUUUGCCAACAGAUCGCAGGAGAGUAAAGUUCAACAUACUCUCUGGAACUUCCAUGUCCUGCCCACAUGUUAGUGGAAUUGCUGCCUUGCUUAAGGCUAGACACCCAGAAUGGAGUCCAGCAGCGAUCAAAUCUGCACUGAUGACAACAGCUUAUGUUCAUGAUAACACACGCCAUCCAUUGAAGGAUGCUUCAGCGGCUACCCCUUCCAACCCUUACGAUUAUGGUGCAGGACACAUAAACCCGAUGAAAGCUCUAGACCCAGGUCUGAUUUACGACAUUGAGCCCCAGGACUACUUUGAUUUUCUCUGCACACAGAAGCUUACUCCAACACAGCUGAAAGUUUUCGGCAAGCACGCAAACAGGUCUUGUCGACAUUCUCUAGCAAAUCCAGGGGAUUUGAACUAUCCAGCUAUCUCACCAGUUUUUCCAGAUGAUACAUCCAUUAAAGUUUUGACCCUUCACAGAACUGUCACCAAUGUUGGCCUUCCGACUUCAAAAUACCAUGCAGUGGUCUCACCAUUCAAAGGAGCAACAGUCAAAGUUGAACCAGAAAUCCUCAACUUCACUAGAAAAAAUCAGAAACUAUCUUACAGGAUCAUCUUCAUCACAAAGAUUAGGCAAACAAUGCCUGAGUUUGGAGGAUUGGUUUGGAAGGAUGGAACGCACAAAGUAAGAAGCCCAAUUGUUAUCACUUGGUUGGCACCACUUUUAUAA